UCUUAUUCCCACGGCUUCCACGUUCCCAUCUUAACCAUCUCGUCCCUCCACUUGUUCCAAAUUGCACUUUCACCCCUAACCAUGCAAUCCCUCGCCCAUUUCUCAUCUCUAGAUCUCAAAUCCAUAACCCGUUUGACUCGGGCCAACCCGACCCGAUUCCUCAUCCAAUGCGCCUCCGUCAGCCACGACGCAUCCAAUCCCACCGCCGCUCAGCUCCCCGCCGCCCAAUCCAGCCGCCGCUACGAGUGGCAGAGCGCCUGCGCCAUCCUCGCCAGCAAGGUCGUCUCCCAGCAGCAGGACACCGAGAAAUCCGCCGCCGUCAACGGCCACCCCUCCCUCAACCUCGUCCCCCUCAAUAGCUCGGCGCUUCCGAAGCCGCUCACCAUCGCCGACCUCUCCCCCGCGCCGAUGCACGGCUCGCAGCUCCGCGUGGCGUACCAGGGCGUCCCCGGCGCGUACAGCGAGGCCGCCGCCGGGAAGGCCUACCCGAAGUGCGAGGCCAUCCCCUGCGACCAGUUCGAGGUGGCCUUCCAGGCGGUGGAGCUUUGGGUAGCCGACCGAGCCGUGCUCCCCGUGGAGAACUCGCUGGGCGGCUCGAUCCACCGCAACUACGACCUCCUCCUCCGGCACCGCCUCCACAUCGUCGGGGAGGUCCAGCUCCCCGUCCACCACUGCCUCCUGGCCCUGCCCGGCGUGCGGAGGGAGCACCUGCGCCGCGUCAUCAGCCACCCGCAGGCGCUCUCCCAGUGCGAGCACACGCUGACGCAGAUGGGCCUCAGCGUGGCCCGCGAGGCCGUGGACGACACGGCCGGCGCGGCCGAGUACAUCUCGGCCAACGCACUCCACGACACGGCGGCGAUCGCAUCGGCACGCGCGGCGGAGCUGUACGGGCUGCAGGUGGUGGCGGACGGGAUUCAGGACGACUCGAGCAACGUGACGCGGUUCGUGAUGCUGGCGAGGGAGCCCAUCAUCCCGCGCACGGACCGGCCGUUCAAGACGAGCAUCGUGUUCGCGCACGAGAAGCAGGGCACGAGCGUGCUCUUCAAGGUGCUGUCGGCCUUCGCCUUCCGGGACAUCAGCCUCACGAAGAUCGAGUCGCGCCCGCACCGCAGCUGCCCCAUACGCAUCGUCGGGGACGCGGACACCGGCGCCACCGCGAAGCACUUCGAGUACCUAUACUACAUAGACUUCGAGGCAUCUAUGGCGGAGCCGCGUGCGCAGAACGCGCUCUCCGAGGUGCAGGAGUUCACCUCUUUCUUGAGGGUGCUCGGCAGCUACCCCAUGGAUAUGACGCCCUGGGCGCCUUCCUCUCCUCAACAUUGAUUCAUCCCAAUAUUAUUUUUCUUUUUGUUUCAUUUUCAUGCCUAGGUUUAUUGCUCUUUUGUCUCUUUUUUAAUUCGAUUGUAGAUUACUAUUGUGUUACUACUAUUUGAUACUAUAAAUAUUGGAUCUUGGUAGUUUAAA